AUGGAAGGGAAAAAAAGACUCUUAAAAAGUCAAGAAGUCAAAAAGAAAGUUAAAGGGAAAGUUAAAGUCCAUGUGAAGCAAAGGUUUACGGACAUAUUUGAAGGCACAUCAGCCAGUCUUGCUAAGUUCAAAAAGGUCUACACAAGACUGUACAUUACUCAACAGGGUGAGCAGUAUGGUUGCAAAUCACAUGAGUUUCUCGAUCACUUUAAACUCCCAGAUGAGGCAUCACCAUUUUCAGAGAUCAACUAUCAAGAGAUUGACUUCAUGAACAUCUUCAAACCAGGAAGAAACAUUACCCAUCAAAGACCUGUGAAAGACAAAGCCAUCAAAAGAGUGAUGACAAGCGGGAUUGCUGGCAUUGGCAAGACAGUUGCCGUUCAAAACUUCUCCCUGGACUGGGCAGAGGGAAAGUCCAACCUGAACAUUGAUUUUGUCUUUGUGCUCCCUUUCAGAGAGCUGAACACGCUCAAAGGGGCUGAGUACAGUCUUAUGCAACUCCUUCUUCACUUCUACCCCGAACUGAAACCGUUAGAACACACACAGACACUGGUUAAUGAGCAAGUGCUGCUAAUUUUUGAUGGUUUGGAUGAAAGCAGAUUUACUCUGGACUUUGACGGGACCGUGACAGUGAGUGACGAAGAUCAGAAAUCGACGGUGGAUGCGUUGCUGACCAACCUCAUCAAAGGGAACCUGCUGCCUAAUGCUUUGCUCUGGAUAACUUCCCGACCUGCAGCAGUCAGUCAGAUUCCCUCUAAAUACAUUGACCAGAUGACAGAAGUGCAAGGGUUCACUGACAAACAGAAGGAAGAAUACUUCACCAAGAGAUUUGGUGCUAAUCAGAUCAAAGAAAUCCUAUCUUGUCUCAGAGGGAUGAUCAGCUUCUGUUUCAUGGGCCACAUCCCAAUCUUUUGUUGGGUCAUUGCUGAGGUAUUUCAGAAGGGAUGGGAUGACCAGAGGAGUCGAAGGAUCACAACAAUGACAGAGUUGUACAUUUCCUAUUUGCUGACUCAAAAACUCAGAACAACACAGAAAUAUGGGGGAAAAAGCUCAGAAUCACAGAAUGGUGCCAUGCUCUUAAAUCUGUCCAAGCUGGCCUUUGAGCAACUGCAAAAAGGAAACAUCAUAUUUUAUGAAGAGGACCUCAAAGAAUGCGACAUUGAUGUUGACAAAGCCUCAGCGUUUUGUGGAUUUUGUUCAGAGAUCCUGAGGGAAGAACGUGGGCUUUACCAGAAAAAGAUGUUCAGCUUUGUGCAUUUAAGCUUUCAGGAGUUUCUCGCUGCUCUUUACAUGUUCCACUCCUGUGUGACGAAAAACAUCAGCACUUUGAAGUCCUUCCUGGAUGCUGACCCCACAGAUCUGGACUUGACUGAGUUGCAGAAGAGGGUUGUGGAUAAAGCCCUGCACAGUGAGAAAGGUCAGUUGGACAUGUUUCUCUGCUUCUUCCUCGGAUUCUCAUUGGAGUCCAACCAGACAAUGCUACAAGGAUUACUACCACAGAUAAAGAGCAGCUCAGAGACUGUUGAGGAGAUGAAGAAAUACCUUCAAAAUUUUCAUCCAGGAAACAUCCCACAAGAGAGGUGCAUGAACCUUUUCCUCUGCAAGUAUGAGCUGAAAGAAGAGAGAUUUCAGGAUGACAUCAGAAGGUUUCUUUCUGGAGCUAGACUCUCACCCAUUGACUGCUCAGUAAUAUCCACCAUGCUGCAGAUAUCUGGUGAACUGAUUGAUGAGCUUGACCUGACGAAAUGCUGGACACCGCACUUUUGCACUGAGAAACUUAUCCAGCCAAUGAAGAACUGCAAGCGGGCACUACUGAAGAGUGAACUUUUGAGCGAUAAACCCCUUAGGACACUACUCUCCAUUCUUCAGUCACCAGACUCUUGCUUGCGGGAGCUUUGCCUGGAGUGUGUUUCUAAUGUCAACAUUCCUCCACCUGAUGCUCUCUUUGAUGCACUGGGAAGUCCUAACUGUAAACUCAAGACACUGAGAUUGUCUGGCUUUUCUCUGGAUUUUUGGCAUUGUCACAUGGUGACCACUUUGCUUCAAUUAAAACAAUCAUCCCUGAGAGCACUGGACCUGACUGACUGCAUAUACGGUUACCCAGAAGAUUAUAGUGGAUAUUUUUCAAAAGAGGUGGAGAAGAAAAAGCAUGAAGAUGUCAAUGAUGAGCUAACCCUGCUGACUAUUAUUCCUGCUAUCUUGAUCAGUCCAGUCUAUAAAUUGGAGGAAUUCAGCAUGCGUGGUUGUCUCCUGAAAAGUAAAUGCUGUCAAGUGUUUGCCUCGGUCCUCUGCUCAAAUUCUCAGCUGAGAGAGCUCGACCUCAGCCGCAAUGACCUGCAGGAUUUAGGAGUACAGCUGCUCUCUGUUGGACUGGGGAGUUCAAAAUGUAGGCUGCAGAUACUGAGGCUGUCAUGUUGUGGGAUCACAGAGGAAGGCUGUGCCUCUCUGGCCUCUGCUCUGAAGUGCAACCCCUCCCAUCUCAGAGAGCUAGACCUCAGCUACAAUCAUCCAGGAGAAUCAGGAGUGUGGCUGCUCUCUGAAAGAUUGGAGGACCCAAAAUGUAGACUGACAAAACUCAGGCUGUCAUGUUGUGGGAUCACAGAGGAAGGCUGUGCCUCUCUGGCCUCUGCUCUGAAGUGCAACUCCUCCCAUCUCAGAGAGCUAGACCUCAGCUACAAUCAUCCAGGAGAAUCAGGAGUGUGGCUGCUCUCUGAAAGAUUGGAUGACCCAAAAUGUAGACUGGCAAAACUCAGGCUGGAUUAUUGCAGUGUUACUGAUAAAUGCUGUCAAGUGUUUGCCUCGAUCCUCUGCUCAAACUCUCAGCUGAGAGAGCUCGACCUCAGCUGCAAUGACCUGCAGGACUUAGGAGUACAGCUGCUCUCGGUUGGACUGGGGAGUUCAAAAUGUAGGCUGCAGAUACUGAGGCUGUCAUGUUGUGGGAUCACAGAGGAAGGCUGUGCCUCUCUGGCCUCUGCUCUGAAGUGCAACCCCUCCCAUCUCAGAGAGCUAGAUCUCAGCUACAAUCAUCUAGGAGAAUCAGGAGUGCGGCUGCUCUCUGAAAGAUUGGAUGACCCAAAAUGUAGACUGGCAAAACUCAGUGUGGACCAUGAUGAAGAGCACUGGGUAAACCCACAGCUUCUCAACAAGUAUGCGUGUGAGCUCACAUUUGACCCCAACACAGUGAAUGAACACCUUGUCCUGUCUGAGUCCAACAAAGAAGUGAAGUAUACUGAAGAGAAGCAGCAUUAUCCUGAUCACCCAGAGAGAUUUGAUGAAACGAAGCAGGUGCUGUGCAGAGAGGGUCUGACUGGACGCUGCUACUGGGAGAUGGAGUGGGAUGCAUUCGUGAAUAUUGGUGUGGCGUAUAAGUGUUUAGAGAGGAAAGGAUGGUGGGAAGUGGAAAUUGACCGUAUCAAAAAGGCCUGGUGUUUCACUAUCACCUGUUCUAAAGGUUAUACUUUCUGUCACGGCCUCAAGAGGACUUUUAUUCCUGUCCCGAUCAUUGAUGUCCAAGCAUUCCUGGCCAGACCAAAAAGACUGGGAUUGUUUCUGGACUGGCCAGCUGGUGUUCUGUCUUUCUAUUGGCUGUCUGGUGACACAAAAACUCUCCUUCAUACUUUCCACACCACCUUCACUGAGCCUCUCCACCCAGUGUUCAUGGUUAAUGGUGGAUCUUUGACCCUGUCCAGUGUAGUGAAGCCAAAAAUGGAUCCUGAUCAGUCAAGCUUCAUACCUGAGGUGAUGACAGAAAGAAUAGGCAUCUCAUACAAGUUCAUAUUCCCAGGUCCAGGUUUGUUCCGGUGUUCUUUGACUGGACUGGUUUUUAAUGUGACUCACGAAGGGGAGGUCAGAUACAGGACUCUGAUCUGGGAUCACAUGCUACUCCAGCCUGCUCUUAAGGUUCCUGCAGGACCACUGUUCAGCAUUGAGUGUGCUGAGGACUCCAUCCGUCAGCUCCACCUCCCACACUGUGAACCUGAACCUGCACUGGUCUCUGAAAGCCUCAGUGUGGUCAACAUCUCCGAUGAUGGAAUGAGCAUCUUACAGCCGCUGGAGGUCACUCAAACCCACGUGGUGGUGGACAUCCCUCACCUCUCUGCCUUUGGCAUCAUCUGGGAUGUCAUCAAGAGGUUUUUCAAUUUCAUGACAAAACCAAUUAGUGGCCAAGUCCUGCUGUUCCUGCGACGACCGUUCCCCUCAGGGAAACAGAUCCUCAGUGUGAUUCUGCUACCGAGCAAUGUGCCACUGCUGGAGGUAAAAGUGCAACAUAUAGACUCUCAGUUCAUCCAGGCACCUUCGAACUGUCUUAUCCACAGAGAACAACGUUACAGCUUGUUUAGUGACCCAGACAGCUAUAAAAUACAGCCUGAUCAUGCAGUGUUUUCUAACGAAUAUGGUCCAAACUACCACCCAACCUAUGAGAUCAUGCUGAUGACGAGCACAGAGGAAGUGACUCUGAUGUUGAGAGAUCCAGAGAGUAUACAAGUGUGGCAGCACAACCUCCAUCUGCCUGUCUCAUCUUCAGGCACUUCUUCAGUUCAAACUCUACCAAGGUUGGCAGACGACAUCUCAGCAGAGAAGAAGCUGCUCACUGUCAGGUCAGCGUUCAUCUACAGAGUGUCUUCUCCUGUUCUGGACAACCUGCUGGAUAAACUGCUGGCAGAGGGAGUUAUAACUGAUGCUGAGAGAGAGACAGCCAUGACCAAACCCAGACAACACAAAGCACGGGACGUGAUUGACAUGGUGCGGAAAAAAGGGAGAGACGCCAGUGAAAAAAUGAUGACCUUGUUCUCAGAAGACGAUGCAUUCCUUUGCAGAGAUCUCGGCUUGAUCUGAAGCAAAAAGUAAAAAUCAUGAAUCAGAUGUUGAGGGAAUUGUAGAAGAUGGAAUCACACACUGCAUUUAAUCUUUUUAUCAAAACUGUGUGUCACUAUACUCUUAACAUCAGUGAUACUACAAAGAGUGAGUAGAGACACUGGU